AUGACUAUCGACUCACAAUACUACAAGUCGCGAGACAAAAACGACACGGCACCCAAAAUCGCGGGAAUCCGAUAUGCCCCGCUAUCGACACCAUUACUCAACCGAUGUGAGACCUUCUCUCUGGUCUGGCACAUUUUCAGCAUUCCCACUUUCCUCACAAUUUUCAUGCUAUGCUGCGCAAUUCCACUGCUCUGGCCAUUUGUGAUUGCGUAUGUAGUGUACGCUGUUAAAGACGACUCCCCGUCCAACGGAGGAGUGGUCAAGCGAUACUCGCCUAUUUCAAGAAACUUCUUCAUCUGGAAGCUCUUUGGCCGCUACUUCCCCAUAACUCUGCACAAGACGGUGGAUCUGGAGCCCACGCACACAUACUACCCUCUGGACGUCCAGGAGUAUCACCUGAUUGCUGAGAGAUACUGGCCGCAGAACAAGUACCUCCGAGCAAUCAUCUCCACCAUCGAGUACUUUCUGCCCGCCUUCAUGAAACGGUCUCUUUCUAUCAACGAGCAGGAGCAGCCUGCCGAGCGAGAUCCUCUCCUGUCUCCCGUUUCUCCCAGCUCUCCGGGUUCUCAACCUGACAAGUGGAUUAACCACGACAGCAGAUAUAGCCGUGGAGAAUCAUCUGGCUCCAACGGCCACGCCUCGGGCUCCGAACUUAACGGCAACGGCAACAAUGGCACCACUAACCGACGACCUUUGUCGUCCGCCUCUGCUGGCUCCACUGCAUCUGAUUCCACGCUUCUUAACGGGUCCCUCAACUCCUACGCCAACCAGAUCAUUGGCGAAAACGACCCACAGCUGUCGCCCACAAAACUCAAGCCCACUGGCAGAAAAUACAUCUUCGGCUACCACCCCCACGGCAUUAUCGGCAUGGGAGCCUUUGGUGGAAUUGCCACCGAGGGAGCUGGAUGGUCCAAGCUCUUUCCGGGCAUCCCUGUUUCUCUUAUGACUCUCACCAACAACUUCCGAGUGCCUCUCUACAGAGAGUACCUCAUGAGUCUGGGAGUCGCUUCUGUCUCCAAGAAGUCCUGCAAGGCCCUCCUCAAGCGAAACCAGUCUAUCUGCAUUGUCGUUGGUGGAGCACAGGAAAGUCUUCUGGCCAGACCCGGUGUCAUGGACCUGGUGCUACUCAAGCGAAAGGGUUUUGUUCGACUUGGUAUGGAGGUCGGAAAUGUCGCCCUUGUUCCCAUCAUGGCCUUUGGUGAGAACGACCUCUAUGACCAGGUUAGCAACGACAAGUCGUCCAAGCUGUACCGAUUCCAGCAGUUUGUCAAGAACUUCCUUGGAUUCACCCUUCCUUUGAUGCAUGCCCGAGGCGUCUUCAACUACGAUGUCGGUCUUGUCCCCUACAGGCGACCCGUCAACAUUGUGGUUGGUUCCCCCAUUGACUUGCCUUAUCUCCCACACCCCACCGACGAAGAAGUGUCCGAAUACCACGACCGAUACAUCGCCGAGCUGCAGCGAAUCUACAACGAGCACAAGGAUGAAUAUUUCAUCGAUUGGACCGAGGAGGGCAAAGGAGCCCCAGAGUUCCGAAUGAUUGAGUAA